CUUCCGGUUGCGCCGGAGCUGGGCAGGCUCGUGAGGCCUGCCGAGGGGCGAAGGCGGCUUCUGGGGCCGGGGCCCUGGGGCGCGACCAUGGACCGGAGGAAGAAGCCUUUGGAUGUCACGGCCUCCUCGUUGGUAGAUCUUAAGGCUGAACUCUUCCGGAAACAAGAAGAAUUCAAACAAGAAAAACUUCUAAAAGAUUCUGGAGUUUUUGGAAAACCAAAAACAACUAAUAAGAAGCCAAGUAUAUGGAGCAAACAGAAUGCAGGAGUUUCAAAUCGAGCUGAGAAAGAUGCUGAACAGAAGAUUGAAGAACAGAAGACUUUAGACAAAGCAAGGGAAAAAUUGGAAGAAAAAGCCAAAUUAUAUGAAAAAAUGACUAAAGGAGACUUCAUAGAUGAAGAGGUUGAGGAUAUGUACCUCGUGGAUUUCACACAGAAGAUCAUAGACAAGCGCAAAGAAAUGGAGGCGUUUGGUGCCAACAGAGAUUCUCGAAAGGCAGGAGAAAGGGACGACGAUGAAGAAAAUCUUCCUGAAAAAGACAUCCCUCCUCCCCAAGAUCCCAGUGAGGAAUGGGUGGAUUAUGUGGACUCUCUGGGACGAUCCCGGCGCUGUAUGAGGAAGGAUUUGCCAGAUCUGCUAGAGAUGGAUAAAAAUCUUCAGGGGAGACUCUUCAUUAGUCCCGCUACUGAAAAAACCUUACUCUCUGAAGAUAUGAGGAAAGAGCUUCAGCGCCAGCAGUGGGAAGAGGAGGAGAGGGAGGCCCUGAAGAGGCCAGUGGGGCCUGUACAUUAUGAAGACAUUCGGGAGAAUGAGGCCCGGCAACUUGGUGUUGGCUAUUUUGCUUUUGCCCAAGACAAAGAGUUGAGAAACAAGCAGAUGAAAACUUUAGAGAUGCUACGUGAGCAGACGACAGAUCAGAGAACAAAACGAGAAAACAUAAAGGAGAAGCGAAAAGCUAUCUUAGAAGCAAGACUUGCCAAACUUCGACAAAAAAAGAUGAAAAAAUCAAAAGAAGAUGGAGCAGAAGAAGAAAAUAGAGAUGGAGAUGUUAUUGGGCCUUUGCCACCAGAACCAGAGGCUGUGCCGACUCCUCAUGCUCCUGCCCAGAGUAGCAAAGUAGAAGUCAUUGUCCAAGAGAGGAAGGACACCAGGCCUGGAGUGCCACAUGUCCGGGAGUGGGACCGAGGAAAAGAAUUUUCCUUUGGAUACUGGUCGAAGCGGCAGUCAGACCUCCGGGCUGAGAGAGAUCCUGAGUUUGCCCCACCGUCAGAUUACUUUGUGGGUCAGAAGAGAACUGGUUCUUGUAACAGCCAAGCUUGGAGCAGGCCUGGCCCAGCACAGAGUGACCCAGGACAGUGCUCUGGCCAGAGCCAUGGACCCAGCUCUGCACAUGUGUCCUUUACUCCUGCCCCUGACAGCCCACCACAAGCCCCCACAGUCACUUUCCAAACUCUGGAUGACAUGAUAUCCUAUUAUAAACAAGUGACAUGAGCUUUCAAAGAACCUGACUUGGAUUUGUACUGUUGCUGGUGUCUCCCUCUCCCAGAGUGGGUGAAAUAACUUUAGGGACUGAGGUGUACCUUUGUCCACCUGUCCUUUCCCUUUGAGGCACAGAUUUCACAUUGGAUUUGUCAGCAAGAGAGAAGCAGAUGGUACUGUGGGAACUCUGGCUAUUUGGCUGUUCAUUUCUUUCCAGUUGAUAUAGAGAUGUACUCAUCUGGAUUUAUGUGUGAGCUAUGAGAGAAUGGAAAUGUUAUUCUGUAACAUUUGACACUGAGGUGCUUGUAACCCUGUCUGUUUCAUACCUGCUCCUACAACAUACUGAGAUUUAAGAGUUCUGUUCCAUUCCUUUUGCAGACACUAGCAUGCAGUUGUCUUUUGUCUCUGUCCCAAGGAUUCAGCUUCUCAGCCUGCUGACGGAGCAUAGAUCCGACAGAAUUUUUGCCUGUCACAGUGGUAAUUGAGGGGACACUGCAUGAGAGGCAAAGUGAUCUAGUCUCCAAGAGGACACUGAAGCUGGAGUAAUCUUAAAGGGUCACAUUUGAAAUGACUAGGAGGACCAAGGAAGAGCCCUUGUAAUCCAGAAUGGUAGAAGUUGAAGUUAUCUCCUUCCUUUUAUUGUCAUGCCAUCCUAAUAGACCCCCGUACACAGUGGGCAUUCAGUAAGUGUGUGCUGAGUGACUGGGACCUACGUGGAGGCUGUUGGGCCUGGUCAGGUAGAUGAUCCUUAGCUGUAAUGGGUAGAGCUUGGUGGCUCAUCUCCCUUUCUGUUGUCCCCAUUCUCAGCCUUCUUCCCUCUUGGGAGCCUGAUUUCCUUCAGAGUUGGGCCUGCAUGGAGCAGAGUAGAUAGGUCCUAUGUCAUUACUAGCAAGGAUGGGUCGGGUGGGCAGGGCUCCAGAAGGGUGGAAGGUGCCUGGGUGCCCACCCUCUUCUUGCUUCACUGCAGAGAGUUCCCUUUACAGCUGCAGGCAAGCAGUUGAGAACUGGUCACUAUGCCCACAGGGCUCCCACAGUCCGUUUCCAGGCCAAUGAGCCCUAUAAAUGUGGUAGCAUCAGUUCUUGAAGUGCCCCAAAGGAGAGGAGUGUGUGAAGGAGCCUGCCAUCUCGCAGUUCUCUGCAAUGGCAUUGUCUCUGUUUCCACACACUGCAGUGGGGAUGGGCAUGCCCCAUCCUUGUCAUAGGUACUGGAGUGUGUAGAGGGUCAACAGUUCAUCCAAGGUCAUGUGGUACCUGAAUAGCCACGGUGGGUCAUAAACAUAGCUUGUGUCUGACCUCCAGACUCAAACUUUUCCCAGUGCUCUCUGCUCUCAUUAUUGCUCUGGUGUCAAGCAAUCUUAGACAAAAAUAAUGAACUCUUACAAACUUGCCUCUAAACUCCAGAGAGUAAGAGUAAAGUUGCUAGUCCUGUUAUGGUCAUUCUGUCAGCCUAGUCAGGCGAUUACCUCUUAAUAAAUAGACAUUAAAACCAA